GCGACGUGGAACGCCGGCAGUCCUGCUUCACCAACACACGUGAGUGCCGCGGAGGCCAUUAGAGCGAACAACAGCAGCAACGAUGGAGGUUGAACACAAGUACAUUUCCACGGAGAAUAUCCAGAGCAUGUUGGACGAGAACUCGUCCAUGAUUGUGGAGAUCAUCCAACUGAACAACGCCGUCAAGCACGAGCGGGGGGCGCAGCUGGCCGACGUUCAGGACAAAUUGGACAAGAAGCGGAAGAAACUCAAUCGAAACCUCAUGACGUUGGCCAAGUGGGCUGACGAAAGCACGGAACCGCCCGUAAAGUCGGCGCCCCGACCUCCACCGGUGCAGCAAGUCCCGCCCAUCCACAUCCCGCAACAACAACAACAGCAACCGUUCGCGGCCUCGGGGAACAUUGCCGUUCCAUUGACUAUCCCCGAUCCCAUCGCUGUCUCUCCUCACGCCGCGUCCCCCGUCGCGCCGGCCGUCGUUCCUACCUCCCCAGUCAACCCCGCGGUGAAGAACGAAACCGCGGCGGACGUUCCUACCUCCCCAAUCAAACCUUCGGCGCAGGAAGAAAGCACGGCGGACGAUUCCAUGGGUGUCGAGGAAGCCGUGGCCAGCAACGAACCCGAGACAUCGUCCGAGUUUGCAGGACACCAGCUUGACGACACCGCCAACCAGUCGGAACCCAUCGACGAAUCCGCGGGCGCAGUGUCGACCCCUACUCCCGACCACGCGGACGCUUAUGAGUCCAUUAGUGGCGAACAGACCAACGAUCAAUCUGCUCCAGAAGCCGACGCAAAGGAAGGUGAGAACUCGUCGAUGGGUGAAGAAGGCAACCCAGUGAUUGCGCCUGUGGAAGUGGCCGCCGUCGUUACCUCUGAGGAAGUGGAGAAGUCGAGCGACGCGCCAGUCGUGGAAGACCAAGUACCUAUUGCCGAUGACGCCAUGGAAACCACCGAACUACCUGAACAUGACGAGGUACCUGAACAUGCGACAGAGGGGGAGGCUGUUGCAGAAGCAGCUAACGACGUUGAAGAAGCGAAGAAAGAUGCGACAGAGGGGGGACUCGUUGCAAAAGAAGCCGACGACGUUGAACAAGUGAAGAAAUAUGCGACAGAGGGGGAGGCUGUUGCAGAAGUACCCAACGACGUUGAGGAAGGGAAGAAAGAUGCGACAGAGGGGGAGGCUGUUGCAGAAGUACCCGACGACGUUGAGGAAGGGAAGAAAGAUGCGACAGAGGGGGAGGCUGUUGCAGAAGUACCCGACGACGUUGAGGAAGGGAAGAAAGAUGCGACAGAGGGGGAGGCUGUUCCAGAAGUAGCUAACGACGUUGAACAAGUGAAGAAAGAUGCGACAGAGGGGGAACUUGUUGCAGGAGCCGGCGACGUUGAAGAAGCGAAGAAAGAUGCGACAGAGGGGGAACUUGUUGCAGGAGCCGGCGACGUUGACGAAGCGAAGAAAUAUGCGACAGAGGAGGAGGCUGUUGCAGAAGCAGCCGGCGACGUUGAAGAAGCGAAGAAAGAUGCGACAGAGGGGGAACUUGUUGCAGGAGCCAGCGACAUUGAACAAGUGAAGAAAGUUGCGACAGAGGGGGAACUUGUUGCAGAAGCAGCUAAUGACGUUGAAGAAGCGAAGGAACAUGCGACAGAGGAGGACUCUGUGGGUGACUCCAGCCAAGUCAACGAAGCAGCUAACGACGUUGAAGAAGCGAAGAAAGAUGCGACAGAGGGGGGACUCGUUGCAAAAGAAGCCGACGACGUUGAACAAGUGAAGAAAUAUGCGACAGAGGGGGAGGCUGUUGCAGAAGUACCCAACGACGUUGAGGAAGGGAAGAAAGAUGCGACAGAGGGGGAGGCUGUUGCAGAAGUACCCGACGACGUUGAGGAAGGGAAGAAAGAUGCGACAGAGGGGGAGGCUGUUCCAGAAGUAGCUAACGACGUUGAACAAGUGAAGAAAGAUGCGACAGAGGGGGAACUUGUUGCAGGAGCCGGCGACGUUGAAGAAGCGAAGAAAGAUGCGACAGAGGGGGAACUUGUUGCAGGAGCCGGCGACGUUGACGAAGCGAAGAAAUAUGCGACAGAGGAGGAGGCUGUUGCAGAAGCAGCCGGCGACGUUGAAGAAGCGAAGAAAGAUGCGACAGAGGGGGAACUUGUUGCAGGAGCCAGCGACAUUGAACAAGUGAAGAAAGUUGCGACAGAGGGGGAACUUGUUGCAGAAGCAGCUAAUGACGUUGAAGAAGCGAAGGAACAUGCGACAGAGGAGGACUCUGUGGGUGACUCCAGCCAAGUCAACGGUGAUGCUCCUCCUGUAGAGGAAGUUGUCCAGGACGUUGUGAACAGUGAAGUCGAAGUACCAGCCAAAGAUGACCACGCCGAAUCAAAACACGACGACUAAACCCAAGUAGUACUACUACACACGACGUUAACGUCUGUUUUGUGUUUAUAUACAUACUACU